CGCUGUUUAAGAGCAAAACUUCUUCCCCUCAGAAAACUGAUCGUAGACUACUUAACAUAAAUCAGCGUAAACCCCUCCUCCCGGCCUCUACAGGGAUCCCUGGGGAGCAGGUUCCUCUGGGUAGGCAAACUGGAGCCUAAACGACAAGCAAGCUUUCCCUCCUGCCCUUUCCCCUUCUUCUCGCUGGCACCGUUGAGCCUCGUUACAGUGUGCUCAAAUAUUUGGAAGUGAAUUUAGAGUCCUCCCCCCAACUUAUGAUUUUAUAGCCAAUAGGUGAUGAGGCUUAUUUGCAUAUUUCCAGUCACUUAAACAGCUGUGCAGUGGAAACGGUGUCAGACUCGAUUCCUCCUCCUCCAAGAAAUUCUGCCCCUUGUAGCUGUUCUGCCCUCCCCUUUAAAGGUUGACUUGCCCCGCGGCGCUCCACCGCGCUCUAGUCCUCUGACGCCUCCGGCUCAACCCUUUGCAACGCGGAUCCCCGCCCGCCUGACUGCCCGCGCAGUUCCAGCAGCAAAGCAGAAGGGCGCGCCCGGAGAUGGAGAGCAAAGCCCUGCUCCUGGUGGCCCUGGGAGUUUGGCUCCAGAGUUUGACCGCCUUCCGCGGAGGGGUGGCCGCAGCAGACGGGGGAAGAGAUUUCUCAGACAUCGAAAGUAAAUUUGCCCUAAGGACCCCUGAAGACACAGCUGAGGACACUUGUCAUCUGAUUCCUGGAUUAGCAGACUCUGUGUCUAACUGCCACUUCAACCACAGCAGCAAGACCUUCGUGGUGAUCCAUGGAUGGACGGUGACAGGAAUGUAUGAGAGUUGGGUGCCUAAACUUGUGGCUGCCCUGUACAAGAGAGAACCUGACUCCAAUGUCAUUGUAGUAGACUGGUUGUAUCGGGCCCAGCAACAUUAUCCAGUGUCUGCCGGCUACACCAAGCUGGUGGGAAAUGAUGUGGCCAGGUUCAUCAACUGGUUGGAGGAAGAAUUUAACUACCCACUAGACAAUGUCCACCUCUUAGGGUACAGCCUUGGAGCCCAUGCUGCUGGCGUGGCAGGAAGUCUGACCAACAAGAAGGUCAAUAGAAUUACUGGCUUGGAUCCAGCUGGGCCUAACUUUGAGUAUGCAGAAGCCCCUAGUCGCCUUUCUCCUGAUGACGCGGAUUUCGUAGAUGUCUUACACACAUUUACCAGGGGGUCACCUGGUCGAAGUAUUGGGAUCCAGAAACCAGUAGGGCAUGUUGAUAUUUAUCCCAAUGGAGGCACUUUCCAGCCAGGAUGCAACAUUGGAGAAGCCAUUCGUGUAAUUGCAGAGAAGGGGCUUGGAGAUGUGGACCAGCUGGUGAAGUGCUCACACGAGCGCUCCAUCCAUCUCUUCAUCGACUCCCUGCUGAAUGAAGAAAACCCCAGCAAGGCAUAUAGGUGCAACUCCAAGGAGGCCUUUGAGAAAGGGCUCUGCCUGAGUUGCAGAAAGAAUCGCUGUAACAACGUGGGCUAUGAGAUCAACAAGGUCAGAGCCAAGAGAAGCAGCAAGAUGUACCUGAAGACUCGCUCUCAGAUGCCCUACAAAGUAUUCCAUUACCAAGUCAAGAUUCACUUUUCUGGAACUGAGAAUGACAAGCAAAACAACCAGGCCUUCGAGAUUUCUCUGUACGGCACAGUGGCUGAAAGUGAGAACAUUCCCUUCACCCUGCCAGAGGUCGCCACAAAUAAAACCUACUCCUUCUUGAUUUACACGGAGGUGGACAUCGGGGAAUUGCUGAUGAUGAAGCUUAAGUGGAAGAACGACUCCUACUUCCGCUGGUCAGACUGGUGGAGCAGCCCCAGCUUUGUCAUCGAGAAGAUCCGAGUGAAAGCCGGAGAGACUCAGAAAAAGGUCAUCUUCUGUGCCAGGGAGAAAGUUUCUCAUCUGCAGAAAGGAAAGGACGCUGCAGUGUUUGUGAAAUGCCAUGACAAGUCUCUGAAGAAGUCGGGCUGGUGAGCAUCUUGA